AUGUUAUCCAAUUCCCCAGAUAUGUUUCACCAAGUGAGACUACUCCAAGCGCUGUUGAAGUCUUCCAAUAUAAAUUUACAAACCAUGGAAUUUAAAGUUCAUUCAUCGGCGGUUUAUGAAUAUCAAAUGGAAAUGUUACAUCAUUUAUUAAGUGUUGAGUCUAAAACCUUACCCAACUUAACGUUAAUUGAACAACAGCCAGAGAUUAAAUUAGGAAUGAGGCCGUUGUUGUUGGAUUUCUUAAUGGAAGUUAUUACCAUUCUUAAUUUGUCAAGAUCUACAUUCCCAUUGACGGUUAAUUUAAUUGACAGAUAUUGUUCCACCAGAAUCGUUAAGAAACAACAUUAUCAAUUGUUGGGCUUGACGUCGUUGUGGAUUAGUUGUAAGAACUUAGAUUCCAAAUAUAAGAUUCCAAGUUUAAAUGAUUUAAGAAAAAUUUGUGUUGAUAGUUAUUACAAGGAAUUGUUUAUUGAGAUGGAAAAACAUAUCUUGAAGAGUUUGGAUUGGUUAGUUUCUGCUCCAACUUUUGAUUCAUUUAUUGAUUUGUAUUUGAAUUUGUUAAUAUCCAACAAUGCUAAUCUGAAUGUUGUUGAGUUGGUCAAGAAGAAUUCCCAAAAGAUCAAAUUAUUGGCUAAUUAUAUUGGAGAGUUAUUUCAAUUUUAUCCAAAUAUAUACUUUGACUAUACUUCUUCCCAGAUUGGUUUAAUUUGUAUUCUUACGUCCAUACUUACUUUGAAGAUCCCAAUUAAUUUGAUUAGCUUGCUUAACUUUUGCAAUGAUUUAUUAAAGACAGAAGAAUAUAAAUCUAAUUGUAAUGGUUCAGACCCUGCUGAUAACUUUGAUGAAAUUCUCUCAGUUCAAGCUUUCCAAUCCUUAUUGAAUAAGAACUUCCUCAAGAACCUUGUUAAGAUUAUCGAUAACCCACCAAAAUCAAUUGAGGUUAAAUACUUCUCCGAAGGUGGUAAAUAUUCACAAUUAAUGAAGUCGCUUGUCCAUUGUGCUGCUGAUUCUUUGAAUUCAUUGGUAUCACCUCCACCAUUAACCCCAAAGGUUGCUACUCAUAACCUUAAGAAGCCUUCCAUAUCAAUCGAUAGUUCAAUGUUACCACUCACUCCAAUAUCCAACAGUACUUCCCCCAAAAGACCUUUACUCGAUUCAGAUUCCACAAAUGAGACGGCGAACACUACUUCUGCUGUCGCUGGUGGCAAUGUUGCUUUUACACCAAUUGUUGGUAUGGGUACAAUUACUCCAGUAUCCAGGAGUUCACCAGGUAAGAAAAGAGGAUAUGAUUGUAUUGAUGAAUUGGAGAUUUCUGAAUCAACAAUUCAACAAUAUGGUUUGGAUACUUGUGAAGAGUUGAAGAAAUCCAAGAGUAAUUGGCAAAUGUUCUACAUCCCACAGUAG